CCCUCCAGAGCCCCCUGUUCCUUAGAAACCGGGCGGCGUGUUCCCGGAGUCGGUGAGCUGGAUUCCGGUGCCCGCGCAUCCGCACCAGCCUCCCUCAAGGCGGACCGGUGGCCUCCGAAACCGGUCGGGAUCUAUGGUCUCGCAUGCGGCUCUGGACGGGCGAUGCCAGCGUGCCAGGAACCAUGUUUGACUGGGACUAUGGGAAGGUCAGCUCUAUCCUGGAGACCCUUGUAAGGAGAUGAGUCGUUGAGCAGAGGCCAGAAUGAAGUUGCUGCCAGGAGUGGGCGUGUUUGGGACUGGCAGCUCAGCCCGGGUCCUAGUCCCGCUGCUGAGGGCAGAGGGGUUCACCGUGGAGGCCCUGUGGGGGAAGACCGAGGAGGAAGCAAAGCAGCUCGCCGAGGAGAUGAACAUCACUUUCUACACCAGCCGGACUGAUGACAUCUUGCUGCAUCAAGAUGUAGACCUGGUGUGCAUCAACAUCCCACCUCCGCUCACCCGGCAGAUAUCCGUGAAGGCUCUAGGCAUCGGGAAGAAUGUGGUGUGUGAGAAAGCAGCGACAUCAGUGGACGCCUUCCGGAUGGUGACAGCGUCUCGCUACUACCCACAGCUGAUGAGCCUGGUGGGGAACGUGCUGCGCUUCUUGCCUGCUUUCGUGCGCAUGAAGCAGCUGAUCGCGGAGCACUACGUGGGUGCAGUGAUGAUCUGCGAUGCCCGCAUCUACUCUGGGAGCCUGCUCAGCCCCAGCUAUGGCUGGAUAUGUGAUGAGCUCAUGGGUGGCGGGGGCCUGCACACCAUGGGCACCUACAUCGUGGACCUGUUGACCCACCUGACUGGCCAGAAAGCUGAGAAGGUGCAUGGGCUCCUCAAGACCUUUGUGCGGCAGAAUGCCACCAUCCGCGGCAUCCGGCACGUCACCAGUGAUGACUUCUGUUUCUUCCAGAUGCUCAUGGGUGGGGGGGUUUGCAGCACAGUGACACUCAACUUCAACAUGCCAGGUGCCUUUGUACAUGAAGUCAUGGUUGUGGGCUCAGCAGGACGUCUUGUUGCCCGGGGAGCUGACCUCUAUGGGCAGAAGAACUCGGCUGCACAGGAGGAACUGCUGGUGAGAGACUCGCUGACUGUGGAUGCCGGGCUCCCGGAGCAGGGUCUCCAGGAUGUCCCACUGCUCUACUUGAAAGGUAUGGUCUAUAUGGUGCAGGCCUUACGCCAGUCCUUCCAGGGCCAAGGGGAUCGCCGUACCUGGGACCGCACCCCGGUCUCUAUGGCUGCCUCAUUUGAGGAUGGACUAUAUAUGCAGAGCGUGGUAGAUGCCAUUAAAAGGUCAAGCCGAUCUGGGGAGUGGGAGACUGUGGAGAUGCUGACCGAGGAGCCAGAUGCCAACCAGAACCUAUGUGAAGCACUUCAGCGGAACAACCUGUGAGCCUACACAUCGUUCCUCCCACGGGGCAGAGGGACCAGGGAGGGACUGGGAGCUGGGACUGGCAAUAGCAGAGACAGUGUCUUUUGUUUAAUAAAUCAGCUUGGGCCAGGGCUAGGAGCUGGUUGAAGGUGGCCCAGGAAAAAGCCCAUCCGUCCGUUACUGACUCCUCAAACUUGCAGGGUGGCCAGCGCUCUCAGGCUAGCCGUGUAUGCAGGUGGUUCUACCAGAGAGCAGGGGCAGCAAAGAAUCCAUCUGUGGGCUGCUCAGCCUGACUUGUGGUCUGACAGGAUGAGAGAGCCCAAUAAAAGGAACUAGCCUAGCUGAGUCCUAAGGGGAGAUGGCAGGAAGCUGUGCCCGUCUUAGACUGGGGAGUCUCAGGACUGGUGAGGGCAACAGGUCAUCCCUUAGGGAUCUUCACCCACCUUCCCAUGUGAUGAGACCCUUCCAGCCCCCAGGCAGGCUCUUCCCACAGAAAAGGAGAUUUCUGUAUUAUACAUGGGGAGGAGGGCCCUGACUUGGCAGAGCUGAGACAAAGGAGAACUGUACAACAUCUGAGAAAUGUCAGUAAAUCAGUCAGAAAAAAUGUGACAUCAUGGUGUGUGGUCGUUUGUUUGGGGUUGGGUUUCCUUAAUAAUGGAAAGCUUGUUUGUUGCUGUAAAUUGGUUGUUUUCCCUUUUCUCAUGGACUACACCGCAGCUCUGAGCUAAUGGCUCAGCUCAUGGCCGAGUCCCAGAAGUUCUCCAAAUAUCCUUAGUAGAUAGGGCGUGAGGCUUCCUGUCAGCCUUCUGCCAAGCCUGCCAUUUCAGGAAAAUGGGAGGAGAGCCUGGGCCCUAGACGGGAGGUCAUGAAAGGGUCCUUUUCUUUUUGUUGUUUUUUAGAUUUGUUAUUUAUUUGUGUGUGUGUGUCUGUCUGUCUGUCUGUCUGUCUGUCUGUGUGCAUGUACACAUGUGUGCAGGUGCCCAAAGAGUCCAGCAGAUGGCAUCAGAUUUCCUGGAGCUGGAAAUAGCGAGUUAGCUGAUGUGGAUGCUGGGAACUGAACCUGGGUCCUCUGUGAAGGCAGUAAGCAGUUUUAACUGCCAGGCCAUCUCCAGCCCCAGGCUUCUGUUCCUGAAGCCCUGGUGUGGCUCCAGGACAGCCCUUGGGGAGGAGCUUAAGGAGGAAGGGGCCUGUGCCACCCUUUGGAGCAGGUUUAACUGGCACUGCCUGAGUCAGCUGGCUAGUCACCAGCCUAUUGACUAGCUGUUGCAGACAGGGACAGGCCUGAGCUGGGUGGGGUCUUGAAGGACAAAUCUGCCCCUUUGUCUUCUUGGCCAGUCUGCUGGAUUCGAAGCCUCUCUGAACUCUGUUCCUUCUCCAGUCUUCCUCCUUCAAAUCCUGGGCUCCUUGCCAAAAAGCCCUGGGGAGGCCUUCCUCUUCCUCUUGGCAUCACUUGUAGGAAGUAUCAGGCCUGUUCCCUGCAGUGUCCUGAUUUCAAACACUGUCCUUAGGAGGUAGAAUAAAGUUGGUGUGCCGUUGGUGUUCUGGUCCCCCAGAGUAACCCACUUCAUGCAGAUUAUUUCAUUCAGGAGCUAAGCCAUUCAGAAAGGCACUGUUAAUGUGUUCAUCAGGGCUGGGCACGGUGCUGUACAUCUGUAAUCCUAGCAUUUGGGACGCUGAAGCAGGAAGCUCGCUCACUGCAAGUUCAAGGCCAGCCUGGCCUACAAAAGAAUUCCAGGUCAGCCAAGGCUACAGAGCAAGAACCUUUCUCAAAAUCCAUUUAGAGUAGAAGGCACAAAGAGGCAGUUACUUGAUAAGGACUCCAGCUUCUGACCUUAAACCACCUUAUUCCUGUACUUCUCCCAGAUGCCUAGGCAUUGACCCCUCUGCAGCAGGAUUCAGCCUGGCCUGAACUAGGAAGGCACUGUACAGUACCUGUCUCUAGAACAUUCCGCUCAGCUCCAGCUGUCCCUGUGUGUCUUACUAAGGUGCCAAGGUCCCAUUCAGGCAGUGGUGCACACCUUUAAUCCCAGCAUCUCUGUAAGUUUGAGGCCAGCCUGGUCUACAAAGCAAGUUCCAGGACAGCCAGAAAUAUUACACAGAAAAACCCGGUCUUGAAAGAAAUCAAAACAAGACAAAAAGAUGACAGGUUACCACCUCAGUUUGAGAAUGGCCAAGAAGUCCAAAGAUGUAUUUGUGAGAGAGCCUUUUUGCUGGCCCAGAGCAGUGCUCAGGUCAGAGAACUUUGGAGAGAGACUCCCAGUAGUGAGCAGGUGGCGUGUGGUCAUGAGGCAGGGCUACUUUUAGAAGAUGCAGGACUUUGAGAGCACCUCUCAGAGUCUAGAUCCAGAUUCCUGACAUCUCUCCAUCCCUCUGGCACAGAAUUUGCAGUCACUGGGAAAGGGAUGAGUUGAGCCUUAAGGCCCAGAUACUUGUGGGUGAGAGCCCAGGGGUGACUGAGCCUAAUUAAGUUCCAGGCCUGUCCUGCAGCGCCCCCUCCUGGAAGGGAGGCAGCAACAUCUCUCAGGACUAUAUUUUUAAAUAAAAGUUCCUUCUGCGUUAGCUCUCCCCUUUGAUACUCCAACCAGAUAGAACUUCCAGAAUAUCUGUUAAGGCGUCGAUCUUCAAUAAAACUCUAUGCUUUGUGUCAUGUCUAUACCGAGACAUGACACCUGCUUCCUUCCUCCCUGACCAUCUCACUAGUCCUUGUUCUUUGCUUCGUAAACAGUUUCUCCACAAUGUCAGGCUGUACGAGGAGCAGACAUCCCCACCCAAGACACCACCAGUCUGCACUCGGAGAGAUGGAGAACUCAACUUUAUUGUAUCGGCUGAUGCUAACUCAAGUUAAUCCUCAGAGUUCCUGUUGGCUCUAUGUUCAGGAUCACCUCUGGGCAUUGCCCUGAUUGGGGGACUUGACAUUUUAGUUUGCAUGAUUAGACUUAAACCAGCAUGUUUAAUCCCAGCACUUGCAGAAGCAGGUGGAUCUCUGAGUUUGAGGCCAGCCUAGUCUACAGAUCAAGUUCCAGGACAGCUAGAAACCCUGUCUUGAAAAAACAAAAACAAACAAACAAGCAGGUUUACAGAAGCAGCAGGACAAGGCUCUUGGAACUAUUUCUCAAGGCAGCCAAGAUACAGUUCUUGGCAUAAAGAGUAAGUAAAAGUCCAAGAGACAACAUGCCUUUUGAAAAUAUCCUCAGUCUAGGCCCCAGCAGGGCUCAGCUCCCUCCCACCAUGUAACUCUCUUACAUGUAGUCUUUAGGCCACAGUAGAGCGUAACUCUUUGUUGACACGUAACUCCUCCCUACCAUGGUAAGGACUCCUGUUUGUUUCUCUUCUUCAUCACCUCAUGCCUGUCCAGCCACCACACGGAACAGCCUUUCCGUGUGGCUUGACGUCUCUCACGCCGGGACAGCUUUGUCCCCGAGUUACCCCAGUCCUGAAAGGCUAUCCUCCAGGAACCCCUGUCUUGGAAUCACUUGUCCCGUCUGUCCCCGUCAUCCCCCCAAUCUCUGUUCCUACAUGAGCACGAGAACAUAACAGUUCAUUUCUGCUUUGACUUCCAGCAUGCACCCUGCUAAGUCAAGCCUGCCGGUCUAGGCCUCAGGAAACAUGAACUUUCUUCUCCGUACUCGAUCUCCGCGUUUCCAGCUCUGCAGACAAAGAGCAAAUACUUCAUAUGCUCGGGUCCUGUCGCAGAUGGUGUAGAACUCCCGGCAGGACCGGACAGACCCCAUCUCUGCACACAUCACUUCCUCAGUCAUAAUGAGGUCACACUCAGUUACCUAGCUCUGCAACAUACUUAAUCAUCAAUGAUGAUCUCCUCUCUGUGGGCCCCUGUGGACAGUAUCACCUGAGGUGGUGGAGUCAUUACUGUAGGCAGAUGGGGAGAUGGCUUGCCAGCGACCUUGUUGUGGGCCAGAAAGCAUCUAGGUAGCCUCCCGACGGAGGAAGCAGCCGAGAGCAGUGCUAGGAGACUGGACCCUUCCAUCUGCUGUCACCUGCACCUGCCCGCCUCAUCCACAUCCAGUGACCACGCUGGGCCCUUAUUCUAGAGGCCCUGCAUGAGACUGUGGACUCGAGAUGGCUUUAGCUGUUCCUUUUCAUUCCUGUCAUCCUUGAGGCCUUUGAUGGGAGUCCCUAGGUAGGUGUGACCCAAUGACGUGUGAUCUAGGGGUGCACAGUCUAGUGAAGAUACACAAUUCACGGUAUAAAAAUGCCACAAAUUCAGGGCAACACUGGUGCUUCCUGACUCGGUGAAAGAGGAUGUGUGUAGUAUAUAUGUAUGUAUAUGGUGUGUGUGGUAUGUAUUCAUCUAUGUGUGUGGUAUGUAUUCGUCUAUGUGUGUGGUAUGUAUUCGUCUAUGUGUGUGGUAUGUGUGGU